GAUUCCUAGCACAAACCCAGCACCCGGAAGAAAUGCAUUCAUAUGCUUGUAGGAAAUCCAAAUGAUUCAAUAUUAGCUUAUCCUCUACCGUCGCUUUGCGGGAUUGGGCAGUCUGGUUAUUCUACAUGUGCUGGGAAAUGAAAACAGAAAGUGAGGCAGCUGUCACUGUUCCUAAGGAUUAACGCUCACUGCAUCUGCUACACUAGUUUAUUCCUGCACGGUUCACUGAUUCGGUAUCUGCUUUAGUGCGCAGGAUGAUGACCCCAUCCUCUUGCGACACAUUCGUAGCUCUUCCUCCAGCCUCAGAGGAGGAGCGCAUCAUCUUUGGCAAGAACUCGGACAGACCCUGCGAUGAGGUGCAAGAGGUGGUCUAUUUCCCCUCCAAAGAUUACGGUCCGGGAGAAAAAGUUGAGUGCACUUACAUAGAAAUAGAGCAGGCUGCCCAUACUCAUGCUGUAGUGUUGAGUAGACCAGCAUGGCUCUGGGGAGCUGAAAUGGGAGCAAAUGAACACCAAGUCUGCAUUGGAAAUGAGGCUGUGUGGGGGAGAGAAAGCGCUGACAGUGAAGAGGCUUUACUCGGCAUGGAUCUAGUGAGAUUGGCCCUGGAGAGAGCAGACAGUGCAGAGAAGGCUCUGAAUGUGAUAGUGGAGCUUCUGGAGAACUAUGGGCAGGGUGGCAACUGCAUGGAGGAUGACUGCACUUUUACCUAUCAUAACAGCUUCCUUAUUUGUGACCGCACUGAGGCCUGGGUGCUGGAGACCUCUGGGCAAUACUGGGCCGCAGAGAGAGUAGAGAAUGGAUAUCGUAAUAUUUCCAAUCAGUACUCCAUCACCACGAAAAUUGACAAGGAACACCCAAGGAUGCGGGAGUAUGCACGGGAACAAGGCUGGUGGGACGGCAAGGUGACAUUCAGUUUUGCAGAGGUUUACUCCUUUAUGACUACUGCACGUAUGGAGGCUGCUGGGGGGCGCUACUGUGAGGGACGCAGGCUGCUGGAGAAAAGCAAAGGACACAUCACAGCUGAAACAAUGAUGAAUAUAUUGAGAGACAAAGAGAGUGGCAUUAAUAUGGAAGGCAUGUUUAUGACAACAGGAAGCAUGGUAUCUGUGCUCCCGAAGGAGCAGUCACUACCUGGAGUUCACUACUUCACUGCAACCCCUGACCCAGAAAGGUCUGUUUUCAAGCCAUUUAUCUUUGUAGCAGACAUCAAGCCAUUGAAACAUACAUGUUCUCCUUGUUUUGGAGAGGAUGAUCCAGUGAAGAAGAAACCUCGAUUUCAGACCAAGCCUGACCGUAAACACCCCCUGUUCAUAAAGCAUGAUGUGGUGGCUGCUAUAAUUGACAGCACUAGGGAGAAAGGACAGAGGAUCAUGCAAAAAAUGCAAGAGCUGGAGAAGCAAAAAAUGGCAGAAAUGGAGAAAUACUUAACCACAGGUGUGGAGGACUCGACUAUGCUGGUUCAUCUAUUUUCAGAUACAGUAGCGGAAGAGAUGAGUGUUUACAGCAAAGCCUGAAACAGCCUGGAGAGACCUUGUUAUAUAAUUAAAAUGAUUAACUGCUAAUGAACGGAAACAGAAAUUAGGAAAUAAAUGUAUCAGUUCAAAUGCGCAUAAAUAUAAUUGCACAAUAUUCAGUGUACCUGUAUAGCCAUUUCUUUAGGUGUAAAAUUACUCUGGCAAUACAAAUACUCAGACAUGCAAGAAAGAAAUCAACACUUAUAGUUUUAUGAGAAAAUGCACCAAAAUGUUUUUUGAGUGAGUAUGGUCAAGCUAUUAAUACAUUAUAGCCAUUAAUAUACACUAUUGCUAAUUCGUUGGCUUUUCUUUAGAUGCUUAAAGAGUAGCAACUUGCCUAGGCAUAGAAUAAGAGAGAUUUUCUUCACAGAUCUUCCAACAGCACAAAGCAUUCUUAGAAAGGACCAGCAUGACCUGGACUCUCCUUUGAAAAUUGUAAUUCUAUGCAUGCUUAAACAUGAUUAUAUUCCAAACUCCAAAAAAACAACAACCAACCAUUAACCAUAAUAAGGCAACAAAUUUCAGUGCAUACAUCUCAUCAUAAAACUAAAGGUGCAUUUACUUCUUGCAGGUGUGUGUAGCAUGGUGAUAAUAUGCUGUAUAAGGAAUUAAAAAAGACAUUACAAAGAUACUUAAUAAUCCAACACACAAACAUCUGCAAGACUUUAUAGCUCAAUGACAAGUGUUAGAGAUGCUUUUUAUCCCCUUUAUAAGUUGCAUACAUAAAUGAUACAAAGUGCAAAUAGUUUAUUUGAUACCCAUAUAUUAGUGAUAUGCAAUGUAAACAUGAAAACAUGUAUCUCUAAUAAAUUAAAUACCAAAAAUAA